AUGAGUUCUAAUCAAGGUCAUAGCUCAGAUGCAUCUGAAAUGUCUACAGAAUCAGAAGCAAAGAAAAAAAAAGAGUAUGAGGAAACCGUAUCAAGAUCAUAUGUUAUACUUGCCGAGUCAAAUGGGUGGAGAAAUCCGGACAAUUCUAUUUUUCCAAUAUCAACGGAAAACCUUUGUAAUUACAUUCGUGCAAAAAUGGUGACCAAUAGCUCCAAAAGCAUUGAGUGGUAUAUUAAUGGCCUCAGGAGAUAUCACGAAAAAUUGUAUAAGAAUAAGGAUUGGGAACUCGUUUGCAAGCAUCCCGAUGUCAUUAAUUUGUUGAAGAAAAUCAAGGCAGAAUCUAAAUUAAAGAGUGAAAAGGAAUCUUUUGGAACCUCUCAUCAUCAUACCGGAAAAGGGAAUUGGCGCGCGGAGCAACUUAACGCUGAGAAUCGACUUACGGGAGUAUCGACGAAUAUAAGAUUCCCGAUGGUCAUUGAAGCAACAACGAAACCGAUCAAUUCUAUAUCCGUUGAACAAAACCACGAAUUUCUCGGCAAUAUUCAUAUUCCAUUCGUAGCUGCGAGCAGGAAUAAUGAGACCAUGUCAAACUUAUUGGACGGCAACGAAACUGACUCACAAGAAGAGUCAUCAGGAUCAAAGUCCGUCUUAGCAGAGAAAUUUGAUCCUAUGAUCGUUGGAUCAGAUUCCGAGGAUGACGAUGAUGAAGACUAUGAACCAGAAAGUUUCAAAUAUCGAUAUGAGAGUGCGUACAGAAGUCUGAAAGCGAAGUAUGCGAUGAAAUGCGACUAUCAUUUCGAUGGCUGCGUUCCACUAGGUGAAGGUCGACAUUUUAUCCUUGCGGAAAAACUAUACAGACGUUGGGCUGCAUUAAUUGCGUCGGGAGAGGAUUUUGAUAUUAACUCGUUACCAACCUCUCCCGAGCUAACUGAAUUUCAUGUAGAUCGAGCGGUUUCUAUCUAA